UUAAAACUAAUUUUUAUUAUUCCCUGAUCUGAUACACUGUGGUGUCUGAAAUAAAGCUAGAAUUUCAAGUACCUUGUUUUGUUUGGGAUGUGGCUGGGGUAGAUCCCAUGAGCCCUUCCUACCAAGACCCGGUUGUCCCGUGUUCCCUGACCUUGCAGCAAGCAGACUCCCAGCUGUGCUGGGGCCCAAACUCCUGGGUAGGUCCCAGGAGCAUCAUUGGGUGUGGGCUGCUGUGGCCUCAGCGCUGCUCUGGGGCUGCCAUCCCACAGGACCUGCCUGGAUUGCAGUGAAGCUGCUGUGCUUGCAGGCUCUGACUGUGUCCAGUUUGCUCAUUCUAAUCAUGGGGCCAAAAUCCUUUGCUGUGGGCUUACAUCCUCUUUCAGGGAUUGCUUUCAAACAAGGCUGGGAUGACUGUUCUGUGUGUGGACAAAUCCAUGCAUGGUUCUGUGUGAGCAAGGACAUGCACAGGGUGCUCAUCCCAUUCUGGGCACGGCACCGGGGUCUCAUCCUGUCUCCAUUGCUAUGAGAUGUGGUCAGGGGACUUCAGAGGUGAAGUCUCUCUGUAGUGGGCUAGAGCAAUUCUCCAUGAGGGCCGGCCAGCCUCACAUCUAUAUCAGACCUAAAUUCAAAUCCAUUAUUUAGGCUUUGAAGGAAGCUGAUUGUUUUCCUGCAACUUGAAACAAGGGCACGGAGUGUUAUUCCCAUGUUUGCAGACCAAACCUUUCAGAGCAGAUGGCAGAGCAACAGGGGAGGCUUUGGGCAGCUGCUGCUCCCCCCUAAACCGGAGGGACAGGCAGAAGGUGGGUGUCCGGAGAGCAGAGCCUGUGCAGGAUUCCAGGGUGGUAAUAAAUUAGAGGCAGGAGCUGGAACAAGGCCACAAUGAGAAUUUAAUUGCAUGCUUCUUGAGUUUCCUGAGACUGGGCUGUAGUGACCAGGAGUGGUUCUGGAGGAAAUGAAAAGCUGAUACCUGGCAAACUGUUGGGGUGAGAACGGCGAGUCCUGGAUGGAACAAACUGCGUCAUUAGCAGGGGGACAACGUCUGAAUCCACCUUCUGCAGCCUGGAUGUGUCGGGUAUUGGCUCAGCAAUAAUUUAUCACUUGAGGAACACUGCACAGACCAAGCGCAGUCAGACUGUGACCACCUCCUCCUCCUGCAGAUUAAUGCAGGAUGAGGAGGCGGCGGGUGGUCAGGAAUAGCCAGCCCAGGUGUCCCGGAGGAUAUUAGGAGGUUUGUUGUGUUUGGCCUCGCCAAGUCAACAACAGCCAGUGGAGACAACCUGUUCAGUCUCUGAGCACUCCAGCCCUGCGACCUGCAGUCCUCAGGAACCAGCCCGCUCUGGGAGAGGUGACGUGUGAGUGAGCUCUGAAACACCAGGGGUUCUCAGGCUUUGGCGUGUUUUGGCCAUGUUUGUCAGAAUUCUGCAUUUUCUGGCUUUACAGGAGUGAGGAAACAGGGACUGAUGGAAAUAACUUGUCAGUGCUAAGAUGACCUGAAUCCUUGACUAAAAAACACCCCUUUGUCAGUAGACAGACUAAAGAAAAAACACAGCAUUGGAUGUAUCUUCUUACUGUUUGGCUCGGAAGUCCACUGUUACACUUGAGAGAAAGCCAGCAACAACAAACGUCUGCCAUUUCUGUGUUGGUGCUCUCGUAAGGUCUCACAAAAACGUCGUGUUAUCCUUUUCAGCAGACUUGGCUAAGCAUUUCAGACCAUCUUAAAUUCUGUUUUAUUUUGAAGGAUUAAAGCAAAUCAGAACUUCUGUUCAGGAUGCUCGGGAAUUUUAGAGGACUGUGAAAUAAGAUAUGUGUAAGGAAGCUUUUUGUAAUACACCAGAGAAAAAUAUUCAUAUUAAAAAAUGAGAUGAAUAAAUGUGAAUUCAAAUCCAAGUUUGUGGAGUUGUUUUUUUUUUUUUUUUUAAAUCCAACUUCAACUUUUGAAGGUGAUCCAAGCAGACAAGCAUUAUCUCUUGCUGCAGUACAUCUCCUCUGUGCCCACCCUCAGCUGGCUCAUGCAAAAAGCAAACCAGCCCCAGGAAUUGAACGCCUGUGGGCCAGGGAAAACCUCCACGUACAAUUCCCAGCUGCUGCUGCAACAGCAGCGCCCACAGCUGUGAGCAGGGCUGCUGGGGGAGCCCGGGGGACUGGGGGUGGCUGUGUGCCCAACCCGUGGGGGCUGUGUCCCUGCUGGGCCCUGGGGGUGGCUGUGUGCCCAAGCACAUGGGGGCUGUGUCCCUGCUGGGCCCUGGGGGUGGCUGUGUCCCCUCAGAUCCCUGGGGGUGGCUGUGUCCCCUCAGGGCUGUGGGCAUGGCUGUGUCCCUGCUGGGCCCUGGGGAUGGCUGUGUCCCCUCAGGCCCUGGGGGUGGCUGUGUCCCCUCAGGGCCAUGGGCAUGGCUGUGUCCCCUCAGGCCCCCAGGGGUGGCUGUGUCCCCUCAGGCCCUGGGAUGGCUGUGUCCCCUCAGGCCCUGGGGGUGGCUGUGUCCCCUCAGGUCCCUGGGGGUGGCCGUGUGCCCAAGCACACGGGGGCUCUGUCCCUGCAGGGCCCUGGGAUGGCUGUGUCCCCUCAGGGCCGUGGGCAUGGCUGUGUCCCUGCAGGGCCCUGGGGGUGGCUGUGUCCCCUCAGGCCCCAGGGAUGGCUGUGUCCCCUCGGGCCCUGGGGGUGGCUGUGUCCCCUCAGGUCCCUGGGAUGGCUGUGUCCCCUCAGGUCCCAGGGAUGGCUGUGUCCUUUCAGGUCCCAGGGGUGGCUGUGUCCCCUCAGAUCGCAGGGGUGGCUGUGUCCCCUCAGGUCCCAGGGAUGGCUGUGUCCUUUCAGGUCCCAGGGGUGGCUGUGUCCCCUCAGAUCCCAGGGGUGGCUGUGUCCCCUCAGGUCCCUGGGAUGGCUGUGUCUCCUCAGAUCCCAGGGGUGGCUGUGUCCCCUCAGGUCCCUGGGAUGGCUGUGUCCCCUCAGGUCCCAGGGAUGGCUGUGUCCUUUCAGGUCCCAGGGGUGGCUGUGUCCCCUCAGAUCGCAGGGGUGGCUGUGUCCCCUCAGGUCCCUGGGAUGGCUGUGUCUCCUCAGAUCCCAGGGGUGGCUGUGUCCCCUCAGGUCCCUGGGAUGGCUGUGUCUCCUCAGAUCCCAGGGGUGGCUGUGUCCCCUCAGGUCCCUGGGAUGGCUGUGUCCCCUCAGGUCCCAGGGAUGGCUGUGUCCCUCCGGGCCCUGGGAUGGCUGUGUCCCCUCAGAUCGCAGGGGUGGCUGUGUCCCCUCAGGCCCCCGGGAUGGCUGUGUCCCCUCAGGUCCCUGGGAUGGCUGUGUCCCCUCAGAUCCCAGGGAUGUCCCCCCGGUGCAGUCCUGCCUCCAGGGAGCUCUAUCAGUGCCCGUUUCCACUCUCAGGCUCUUAAUGGAAACUUCAAAUAGCACCAAACCUGGGGCACUGGGGAACCCUGUUGCACCGGUGCCGACUUCAGCAGCAAACAUCACCUUUUACUUCCAUUUGUUCUUUUCAGGAGCAGCAGAAGCCCAAGGAGGAGUGGGGGUUGGAUUUGACUUUCCAAGGUAGUGCUCAUACUCCAGGGGAUCCGAGAAAUCUGGAGUGCCCAGCUUGGACUCUCCACCCUGAACACAACUUUUCCAAACUGGAGUUUUAGGAAAGAAAUGGAGCUCCCCCUGCAAAAAAGCAUUUCCAGGAAUGCAGUCAGAAAGCACAACCCAGCAGCAUCAGCCUCUCCUGCUGCUGUUCCAACAGUUCCAGUUGGACCUGGCUGUCUUCCUGUCCAUGCUCCGAGUAAAUUGCUCAGAAACCAGCCAGAAAUAAAUGGGGAGG